UCAAGCAUUUUUUACUCACCAUAUCCCAUUUCAGCCAUUCUCUGAUUUUUUCAUCAAGUUCUACAUUUCCUGUGUUAAUAUUUCCUGUAUCUACCAUUUUCCUUACUUGUUUAAAAACGCUAAAAUUCUUUUCGUAACAGUUCCUCUAACGUUGCAGUAACAGUUAUAUAAAUAUAUAACUGAAUUUGAAGUUAUACUGUAGUUCUUAUAACAAUACGUCUUCACCCACAAUUCGUCAGCGGAAUUCUGCGGAAAACCUGCAGUUGCGGUGUAUACACUAGCGCCACCGUGUUAAAGUGCAUGAAAUAAUGGGCUUGUUCGCUUAUUAGGAUGCUGUUCCAACUAAUAUGUCAAUAAUGAAUAAGAUCAUGGUGUUAGGGAAAAACAUAGGUUCAAAAAAUCAAUUAAGACAAAAAUCCAAAACCUUAUAACUUGAAAGGUUUCAAAAUGUGGACUUUUGUUCAUCAGGGGGCUUUUGAUAUUAAUAGAGGUUUGGUCAGGACCUUAAAUAUUUUUUUAUUCAUAGGAUGGUCAAUGAUAACCCAUUGAUGUUGCGCUAGAGGGCGCAAGUGAUAAUUUCACUUUGUCCCUUUGUUUUGUCCAAAAUUUACCAUCUGCUCCCCUAUCCGAUAAACUUUUUCAAGUUUUAUACACUUUUGGUUAAAAGGAGGAUUGUGUGUGUAGAAAAGAAAGACUGUCAUAGUGUCUAGACCACAGCAAUGGCAGAACCUGUCAGUUUUACAUCCUCAAACUGUAGAAACAAUGUAAAUGAACGACCCAGUUCGUGCGACAGUAACAGAAACAUUGAGGGUACUUCAUAUGCUAAUCCAAGCCCUAUAAAUUUAGUAACAAACAGUUUGCAGGACAUUUCAAGAAAAUAUGAUGGGUUGAAUUUUAUAGCCACUGGAGCAUAUGGAACAGUAUACAAAGCCCGGGAUUUGUUGAAUGAUGGUCAAACAGUAGCACUGAAAAAAGUCAGGAUACCUUUGAGUGAAGAAGGUGUCCCUAUGAAUACAAUUCGUGAAAUAGGUCUUUUGAAACAGUUGGAAAGCUUUGAGCAUCCAAACAUAGUUAGACUACUUGACAUUUGUCAUGGUUGUUAUCACAGACCACAAGGACAACUUGACAUCUUUCUUGUGUUUGAGCAUGUAGAACAAGACUUGGCCAAUUACUUAGAGCAGUGUCCAUCUCCUGGACUUGGUCCAGACAUCAUUAGAGAAAUUAUGCACCAGCUUUUAAGUGGUGUGGACUUUCUUCAUUCCAACCGUAUUAUUCAUCGUGACUUGAAGCCACAAAAUAUUUUGAUAACACGCAACAGACAAGUAAAGUUGGCUGACUUUGGCCUCUCAAGGGUGUAUGGACAUCAGAUUCUUCUGACCCCCGUUGUUGUAACUCUCUGGUAUCGAGCCCCCGAGGUACUCCUUCAAGCUAGUUAUGCGAUGUCAGUAGACCUUUGGAGCUGUGGAUGCAUUUUUGCAGAACUAUUUACCAGGAAACCUCUGUUCCCGGGAAAAUCAGACCCUGACCAAUUGGGUAAAAUCAUUGAUAUUAUUGGCACCCCAGAUGAGACUGAAUGGCCAUCUGAUGUUUCAUUGUCAUGGACUUCCUUUCGACAUUCCAGAGGUGUUCCAUUUGAAAACCUUAUCCAUGAUAUUUCGCCAGAAGGAAAAGAUUUGCUGCACAAACUUCUAACCUUCAGUCCUACUCAAAGAAUUAGUGCUACUAAUGCUUUGGCACACCCUUAUUUUAAAGAAUGUGAAUUGUGUCCGUUGAAUCGUUAAAGUUGAUCGUAUAUAACUAUACAGUGCUAAAA